AGCGAGAGGUGCCUUGACACGAUAGUGGUGGUAAGUAGCUGCCGCUCCACGCGGACACAAGCUCAGUAUAGUGUCAACAACUCGCGAGUGUUGCAGCGCACUCCGCUGCCAAUUGUAAAAGGCUCCUCAGUACGGCAAACGUCAACAAUCAAUCGUACAAAUGUCGGGUGACAAAGCCAUGGUGUUUGGCGAUGGAGGUCUGACGCCAGACGACUACUCGUACAGCAAAAACUUUCGGACUGCCUUGCCACAGUUCUUGGCCGUCAGCGCGAAGAACUUGGUACUUUUAGGAUAUGGAAUGACGCUCGGAUUCUCCACUAUUCUCAUGCCAGCCGUUCUGGAUCCCAAAGAAGGCGAAGUUCUACAUUUGAAUAAGUCAGAAAUUUCAUGGAUCAGUUCCAUUAAUCUUAUCAUAGUGCCUUUAGGAUGUGCACUAUCGGGUGUAGUGACGUCACCAAUCGGGCGUCGGAAGGCUAUGCAGAUGGUCAACGUGCCCUUCUGCAUAGCUUGGCUAAUGUUUCAUUUUGCAACAAGUACAGGACAUUUAUACGGUGCCCUCUUCAUUACCGGUCUAGCGGGAGGCUUACUUGAAGCACCAGUGCUGACGUAUGUAGCAGAGAUCACACAGCCGCACCUCCGCGGCGCCCUCACGGCCACCAGCUCUCUGUGCAUCAUCCUGGGAGUCUUCACACAGUUCCUCUUCGGCAUAUUCAUGUACUGGAGAACUGUGGCUUUAGUCAACAUCGCAUUCACGGUAACGGCAAUUAUUGCCCUUUGUUUCGUGCCGGAGUCUCCGCAUUGGCUGGUGUCUAAGAAGCGUCACGAUGAUGCUAGGAAGAGCUUACAAUGGCUCCGUGGUUGGACGACUCCUGCUGCAGUGGAAAACGAACUCCGUGACAUACAGGUGUUGUUCAAAAGGGAGAAAAAAGAUUUAACUGAUGUGGAAGAAACAAUGUCCGAAAAAAUGUCCUAUUAUAUGAGAAAGAGUUUUAUGUUGCCGUUUUUCCUUGUUUCUUUCACGUUCUUCGUUGGUAACUUUAGUGGCAUGACCACAUUGCAGACAUACGCAGUGUCAAUAUUCCAAAUGCUGAAGGCGCCUAUUGACAAGUACUACGCAACGUUGAUCCUUGGAGUGCUGCAGAUAGUGGGGGCAGGAACCUGUGUCUUGUUGGUACACUACACCGGCAAGCGACCUCUCACACUUUUCUCCACUAGUGGAGCAGGAAUUUGUUGCAUACUGGUUGCUAUCUACGACAUAUACAUCAAAACUAAUGGUUUUACAGAAGCAUUGCAAUCAAGUAAUGCUACUUUGACUGCGAUUAACAAUACGUCAAAUGAAAUGCUAGAAGAACCGAGGAACCCGUACUCUUGGAUACCUAUGACGCUGCUGAUGUUAUUGGCUCUUCUUGCACAUACUGGCUUAAGGUUGCUCCCUUGGAUUCUAAUUGGAGAAGUUUUCAGUGCCAAAACACGUUCGGGUGGUGCUGGAGUAUCCAGCGCUAUUGGCUAUUUGUUCGGCUUCUUAACAAACAAGUUAUACAUUAGCAUGGUGGACACUUUAUCAAUAUGGGGCACUUACGGCUUUUACGGAAUCGUAUGUUUUGUUGGAGUCAUCGUGUUCUACUUCAUUUUACCUGAGACUGAGGGUAAAAAGUUAAAUGACAUUGAAAACCAUUACGCUGGGAGAUCCAAACUUAAUAAUCAAGUUUAUCGAUCUCGGAGGAAAGCCUCGCAAGAUGUGUCUAAAAUGCGUGAAAUGAAAGGUGCUACGAAUCCAACAUUCGAGGAUGAUACUUCAAAAUUAUAGUAUAUCUAGUAUUUGUACAAAAAUCCCUACUAAUUGUACAAUGUGACUACUUUUACCAUAGUUUAUAUUUACGAUUGUAGGAAUGUUGUAGAUAUUUACUAAGUAUAAACUAAUUACUUAAGCAUCUCAUAAAUGAAGUGUCCAAACUAAAGUUAAUUACCGAAUCGAUAUAAGUUUUGAUGAUUUAAAUUUAAACAUUCCUAUUUUUAGUUUUACCAGUGCGAAAUGAAAUGAGUGAGGAUUAUCCCACAUCUAAAUAUCUGUGAUCAAUGAUAAUAAUAUUUAAGUAUUUUAAACCGUUUGAAUUAAUUAAAUAAUCUAUAGAUAUUCUAAUACCUAUCUAAUGUGUUCCCUUUACUUAUAUUUUAAUAAUUACAUAAAAUAAAUAAUUUAGUGUUUAAAUAAU